AUGCCUCUACCGCUAGCUGCCCAAGCCGGAGCACAGGAAGACGUCCGCUCAUUCGAACCCCUCAACCGAUUCCCCCCUCCUCUUGAGAUGCCUCCUAUUCACCCUGUUGCCGUUACAGCUGGCGUUAUCGCCUUGUCCGUGGCUGUGGCCACGGCCAUCGCCAUUUAUGAGUCGCCGGAAGUGCGCCGCCGGGCCGACGAGCUCCGUCGCCGUAUCGCCAUUGCACUCCAGUCGCUCAGCGACAACAUUGCCCCCAACGACCACGCCCGGCCGGAACGCGAACCCAUGUUCAACCGGCCGGAGGAUGCGGAAGGUUUCAUGAUGUCAUCACACGGAGCCGGCGGCGACCCGAACGACGUGGUGGCCGACGAGGCCAGCAGGCGCCGCCAACGCGAGGAGAUCCUGUACUGGAAUCGACAGCACCUAGAGCGACAGCGACAGCUGGAGGAGCAGGAGAAGCGCGAGGCCAUCGCGGCCGUCGAGAAGGCGACGCGGACGGCAGCGGAAGCGGCCGGGAUUGACCCGUCGGCGCUGCCGCUGACGUCGUUCGACCAGCUGCUCCGACCGGACGGCCAGGCCGAGAGAGGCACAUUUGUGGUCAACACGGGUGCUGACUAUGGCUACGACAACAACGGAACCGACGACCCGCUCAACGGCAGCAUGGUCCGGCGACGCCGAGCCGAAGGCGUCCGCGGCCUCAACGCGUCUGUGUACACGAACCCGUUUAGCGACGAGUACGGCAUCGAGCUGGACGAGCAGCACGACGCCACGCCCCAGCAGCACUCGCUCCGCGCAUCUCUGCUCUCCCAGGGCGCCUACAUCGCGCCCGAGGCCGACGAGCUGCUGUCCGACAUCUACAAUGCGUCCGAGCGCCCCGAGACCCCAAGACCGACCAACAAGCCGGACGCCGCGGAUGCUCCGUCGGCCGAGCUGCUGGAACUUGCCCUGGCUGAGAACGAGUUCUCGACGGCCGGACAGGACCCGCAGACCGACGACGGCGACGCCUACAACUCGAUCCAGGCAUGGGCCCACACAUCGAGCUUUGCAAACGGCUUCUACUCGCCGCUGCCGGUGUCGCCGGUCGCAGCGCCGUCAGAGCCGGACGUGAUCAGCGCGGGUGAGCUGACGCCGACGGACUCGCUGUCGGUCGUGGACGCCCCGCUGCACACGUCAGAGAAUGGCACGCGGGGUCCGGCCACGACGGCCACGACGGCCACGGCCUCGACUACGGUUGUCGGCGACGCGGCAUCCCAGGCAGGCUCGGGCCGGUACUACGACAUGGUCAGCGACAGCGAGGACGGCGAGAGCCUAAUGACGCCGACCAGCUGGACUGAGGUCGGCAGCGUGGUCAGCGAGAGCGACGCAGGACGGCAGCGGCCGGUUUGA